GUCGGAUUUACGUCACUAAGCGGGUGGCUGUGCUCCUCGAAGGACACCUACAACAACUCCCCCCUAAACUGUAGAGUAGGAUUAAAUUAACAGCAGGUUUCUGUGUUCUGAAUACAGUUUAGUUUCGGUUAAUAAAAAUGGCGUCCUCCACAUCAACAACAUUAGCAGCAGCAGCAGUGGGGUGUUUGUCACGGAGGAUUUUCACCCUCCACGCUCCUCUGCGCCCACACCGCUUAUCAGCUGCAAACACUCGGCUGUGCAGCUCCGUACAGGAAGCCAAACAGGACAAAAAACCAAAGAGAUUGCCCUUCAGGCCAGCAGCGAGCGCCACACACGACUGGAUCGGUCCGCCGAACCCUCUUUCAAACCUGCGGCCGAUCGUCUACCACGUCCCCGAAAACGAAACGGAGCUGGAGAAACAUCUGAGACACCUGAGGCAGGAGACGGAGGACUGGAACCACGACUUCUGGACCAAACAAAACUUCACCUUCAGCAAGGAUAAAGAAGCUUUCAUCAUUUCACAGCUGAAUGCAAAAGGCCUGACAGCACGAGAUGAGACAGGACGACGGAGGACUCUGGGCAGUGAAGAAAUGGCCGAGUUCUACAAAAGCUUCCUCGACACAAACAGAACACGACAUGCAAAUUAUAACAAAGAAUGGUACCGACGUAACUUCACCAUCACGUUGCUCAUGGCUCGAGUUUCCCUAAGCAACAUGUGGAGGACGGUUACUGAUAGACACAAAAGCAAGAAGAACAGCACACCUACCACCUGAUUCAAUAAAAUAUCCACCUUUCACUCUG